GGGUAGAGGAGCAGAAUGGAGGCCAUUGUUCCCUUUCUAGGGAAGACUUUAACUAGUGACACGCAGAUGUGCGAGUCCCUAAAUUGUAUGAGAAGACAGUCCACCCCGCUUUCAGACUGCUAUAGGCGAGCCCCGUGGGAUACAGCUCUAUCAGCCCAACAUGCAGAACACUUAUUUAUUGCUAAGAAGCCUGGGCUCUUGGAGUCAAUUUAUCAGGAGGCUCCAAAGAGAGGAGAGCGGAGAACGCGUAGAGCAGAGCUUCUCCAGGGAGACCCUCCAAAGCCUGGAGCUUCAGGUCACAGCGGCGUGAACCAACUCGGCGGGGUGUUCGUCAACGGGAGGCCGCUGCCCGACUCCACGCGGCAGAAGAUUGUGGAACUCGCUCACAGCGGCGCCCGGCCCUGCGACAUCUCCCGGAUCCUGCAGGUGUCGAAUGGAUGUGUGAGUAAAAUUUUGGGCAGGUAUUACGAAACUGGCUCCAUCAGACCCAGGGCAAUCGGAGGUAGUAAACCAAGAGUAGCGACUCCAGAAGUUGUAAGCAAAAUAGCGCAGUAUAAACGAGAGUGCCCCUCCAUCUUUGCGUGGGAGAUUCGAGACAGAUUACUAUCAGAGGGGGUCUGUACCAACGAUAAUAUACCCAGUGUGUCGUCGAUAAACAGAGUCCUACGCAACCUGGCUAGCGAAAAGCAACAGAUGGGUGCCGACGGGAUGUACGACAAGCUAAGAAUGCUGAACGGGCAGACGGGGACCUGGGGCACCCGGCCCGGCUGGUACCCCGGCACGUCGGUACCCGGGCAGCCCGCUCAAGAUGGCUGUCCACAACAGGAGGGAGGAGGGGAAAACACUAACUCCAUCAGCUCUAAUGGAGAAGAUUCAGACGAGGCCCAAAUGAGACUCCAGUUGAAGAGAAAGCUGCAGAGAAAUAGGACAUCCUUUACCCAAGAACAAAUCGAAGCCCUUGAGAAAGAAUUUGAGAGGACCCACUACCCCGAUGUGUUUGCAAGAGAGAGACUAGCUGCUAAAAUAGACCUGCCUGAAGCAAGGAUACAGGUGUGGUUUUCUAACAGAAGGGCCAAGUGGAGAAGGGAAGAGAAGCUGAGGAACCAGCGAAGACAAGCCAGCAACACUCCCAGCCACAUUCCCAUCAGUAGUAGUUUCAGCACAAGUGUUUACCAACCGAUCCCGCAACCAACCACCCCUGUUUCCUCUUUCACAUCAGGUUCCAUGUUGGGCAGAACGGACACAGCGCUCACGAACACGUACAGCGCACUGCCACCCAUGCCUAGCUUCACCAUGGCCAACAACCUGCCUAUGCAACCCCCGGUACCCAGCCAGACCUCCUCCUACUCUUGCAUGCUGCCCACCAGUCCAUCGGUGAAUGGACGGAGCUAUGAUACAUACACCCCUCCUCACAUGCAGACACACAUGAACAGCCAGCCGAUGGGCACCUCUGGCACCACUUCCACAGGUCUCAUUUCCCCUGGAGUGUCAGUUCCAGUUCAAGUUCCUGGCAGUGAACCUGAUAUGUCUCAAUACUGGCCGAGAUUACAGUAAACCAUGUGUUAAUUCUGUAAAUGACUAUAUGGACAACAGUUGGAUGUUCAGCAGUAUUUUACAAAGGAAGAAUGGCUCUCAGAGUACUUCU